CUUAAUUUGGUUAGCAAGAAAUUUCUUUUGUUCGCGUGCGAGACGCAACGGAUGGAGUUGCUCUCGGUAACCUACGGUCAACGGCUCCUGUUCGAAUCGGAACAAAUCGAUCCCUCGGUUGGAAGCACCUGUUUUCAUCAUAGACGAACGAUAGGAAUGGUCCUUCGUACCCCUUGCACGGCAUCCGAUCCGAUUGGCUGUACAAGGUACUAGCAAAUACCAACAAACACACUUGCGAUACACUGCCGUGUUUGUUGGUAAUCGAGAAAGACAGACUCUGCCCAAUCUCCUGUUGCACUCACACGGUUUCUGGAAAAGACACAUCGGAAACGAAACGAAACGAAACAAAUUCAAAGAAAACAAAACAAACAUACAAAGCGCAACAACGCGUUUGGCAAUUUAGAACCAAUUCCAUUCCAUUCCAUUCCAUUCCAAUCGGGAUCGUUUGUAACUCUGCAACAAGGGUCAUCAGUUUCUUUGGUUCCAACAAAAGUACUCUCCCUAAGGUUCCAAUCCAUCCCGAGUUUCAGUUCAAGCCCGACACCCACCAACCAAAAUGGCGAUCCACGGUACCAAAAACAGAACGACCGUCAUCCUUGGGCUCGSUCUUCUCCUUCUGGGAACGAGUUUUGCGCUCGCAAAAGAACAAAUCGAACCGGACGCCCGUGCGUUCGAACCAUCGGUUCARAGCUCCGUCGCCACGUUUCACAGCCUAGCAGGAAAAACCGACGGCGAUUCGGAGAUUGCGGGAGCCGCCCUCGAUSCCAACGACGAGACAACAGAGACGACGACGACCACCACCACCACGGCCGCAGCAACGGACACGACGGACACCGCCAUCGUGACCGCGGCCAUCGAGGACGGCGAGCACGAGGUCGAGGCCGAACUGGCACGCCUGUGCACGGACGAUUCCACCUUCCGAUACAAGCACCURGAUCGCAACGUGGGACUCGUCGACAUGAAAAACUGCACCUGGGUGGCCACCAAGCCCAUGGUCCGGUGCAACUUUCGUCUCUCUAGGGACGACGACACCAGCCCGUUUUUGAAGGAAUUCUGUCCCCUCUCCUGCGGCCUGUGUCCGACGGCGGCCCAGGUGAUUCCCUGUCCCGAGGACAUCCCGACCGUGCCCCCGUCGACCGKUAGCAGCUUUGGUAGCUCCACUUCCUCGUCGGUGGMGUUCGUUGCGGGGCUGGGGGGRAGCAACGGCGGGGCGAUCGUGGACAACCGAGAAUCGAGCGUGGAYAACACCAACAGCAAGAGAUCCCUMGCCAUUGCUCUCUCGGUAGUCUUUGYGGUCUUGCUSCUCUUGCUCCUCUGGAUCUACUGCUGCUGUUGCGGCAGCCCGAGAGAGGGAAAGAACGAMGACACGGACGACGAGGAGAUGGCGAUGGCCGAAAUGGACCACAACCACGCCAAUACCGCCAAGAGCGUGUCGUCGGUGGGCAGCCGCCUGCUGGGAAUGGUCCUGUCCACCUUCAACGGGCUGCGGGGCGACCCCAAGAUCGACGUCCACCAGUGYACCUCGGCGUACUGCGACGCCUGCGAGGGGGAGCGCAAGGCCGCGGCCCUCCGCAACCAAUCCGAUGUCCACCGCGUGAGAAGCGUCGAUACGUUCGAGCGGGAACGACAGGAAAAACAACGAAGGAUGUACCGAGACGAACAAGAAUGUUAGACAAACACACACACACACACACACACACACGCACGCACACACCAGAGCGAGGAUCCUUCGCCAUUCGAAGCUGGGGGGAGGCAGGUCGAGUGGCGCGCGUGCAACGAAAACAGUAGAUUGACAAUAAAUAAUUGAAUGAUCA